AUGGCGGCUGGACGACGGAGAACGAAGCUGGCGAAAAAUCGGCCUGAAAUUCCCAUUUUCCGACGGCUGGAGCGGCGGCCGAUGUCGGGGAGGGGCUGGGUCGUGACGCCGGGGCUGAGCCGAUCCUUUUGGCACCAGUCCCUCCGCAACCGUGACCGGUGGCCAGAGUUUCGAAAAGAGAGAGACAGCUGUCGUCGCGAGGAGAGAGAGAGAGAGAGAGAGAGAGAGUGCGCCGGGAGAGAGAGAGAGAGAUAA